AUGACGCCACUGAUUAGGACCGACAACAAUUACCUCAAGUGGGACAUUUUGGAGUGGAAGGGCCUGGCCCCUCGAUAUGAACACUGCACAUUUGUGCCACAGCGCCACCCACAGAGCCUGUGGGUGUUUGGGGGAGCCGAGCAGACUGGCAACCGCAACUGCAUGCAGAAGAUACAAGUAGCAGACGGCAAAGCCCAGUGGGAAAACAUUGCAAUGAAAGGAAACCCCCCCAGUCCAAGAACUUAUCACACCAAUUCCGCCUGCCUGGGUAAUUCGUUAUACGUGUUUUCCGGUGGGGAAGCCGGAGCGUCGCCCGUUUCAGACCAAAAACUCCACGUCUUUGAUAUCGUGUCUUCCACUUGGACUCAGCCCAAAACCCAAGGUGCACAGCCUACAGCCAGACAUGGACACGUUAUCGUAGCGGCUGGCUCCAAGAUCUACAUUCAUGGAGGCAUGGCGAACGGGGACUUUUAUGACGAUAUGUACUCUCUUGAUACAAGGAGCAUGACAUGGGAGCUUCUGCAUCCAGAAGGAGACAUCCCACCGGGUGUAGCAGCCCACUCCGCCAUGGCUCUGGGCAACAAUAUCUACAUCUUUGGUGGGCUGACAGCAGAUGGAGCCAUCAAUGCUAUCACCAGUCCCAGUUCCUACCACAGCAAAAGCACCAGUCCCACCUCCAGGCACAGAAAACACUUCAACAGGAACAGCUCCAGCAAAAGCGUUAGUCCCAGCUCCAACCACAGUUCCAGCCACAGAAAAAGUUCCAACAGGAACAGCUCCAACAAAAGCACCAGUCCCACUUCCAGCCACAGCAAAAGCGCCAGUCCCAGCUUCAGCCACAGAAAAAGCUCCAACAGCAAAAGCAUCAGCCCCAGCUCCAUCCACAGAAAAAGCUCCAACAGGAACAGCUCCAUCCACAGAAACGGUUCCAACAGGAACUGCUCCAGCCACAGCAAAAGCACCAGUCCCAGUUCCUACCACAGCAAAAGCACCAGUCCCACCUCCAGCCACAGAAAAAGCUCCAACCACAUCCACAGGAAAAGCAUCAGUCCCAGCUCCAUCCACAGCUUCAGCCACAGAAAAAGCUCCAACAGGAACAGCUCCAUCCACAGAAAAGGUUCCAACAGGAACAGCUCCAGCAACAGCAAAAGCAUCAGUCCCAGCUUCAACCACAGAAAAAGUUCCAACAGCUCCAGCCACAGCAAACGCACCAGUCCCAGUUCCUACCACAGCAAAAGCAUCAGUCCCACCUCCAGCCACAGAAAAAGCUCCAACAGGAACAGCUCCAACCACAUCCACAGGAAAAGCAUCAGUCCCAGCUCCAUCCACAGCUUCAGCCACAGAAAAGGUUCCAACGGGAACAGCCCCAACUACAGCAAAAGCUCCAGUCCCACCUCCAUCCACAGAAAAAUCUCCAACAGGAACAGCUCCAUCCACAGCAAAAGCUCCAGUCCCAGCUCCAACCACAGCAAAAGCUCCAGUCCCAGCUCCAACCACAGCAAAAGCUCCAGUCCCAGCUCCAACCACAGAAAAAGUUCCAACAGGAACAACUCCAACCACAACCGCCGGAAAAGCUCCAGUCCCAGCUCCAUCCACAGAAAAAGCUCCAACAGGAACAGCUGCAUCCACAGCAAAACCACCAGUCCCAGUUCCUACCACAGCAAAAGCUCCAGUCCCUGCUCCAUCCACAGCAAAAGCUCCAGUCCCUGCUCCAUCCACAGAAAAAGCUCCAACAGGAACAGCUCCAUCCACAGCAAAAGCUCCAGUCCCAGCUCCAACCACAGCAAAAGCUCCAGUCCCAGCUCCAACCACAGAAAAAGUUCCAACAGGAACAACUCCAACCACAACCGCCGGAAAAGCUCCAGUCCCAGCUCCAUCCACAGAAAAAAACCCAACAGGAACAGCUCCAACCACAGCAAAAGCUCCAGUCCCAGCUCCAACCACAGCAAAAGCACCAGCCCCAACACAAACCACAGAAAAUGUUCCAACAGGAACAGCUCAAACCACAGAAAAUGUUCCAACAGGAACAGCUCCAUCCACAGAAAAGGUUCCAACAGGAACAGCUCCAACCACAUCCACAGCAAAAGCACCAGUCCCAGCUCCAACCACAGAAAAGGUUCCAACAGCAACGGCUCCAUCCACAGCAAAAAGCACAGCAGGAACAACUCCAAAAGCUCCAGCUGAGACAUUAAAUUUAGCUUUUGUAUUCGGUGGGAUGGACACACAUGGCAUCAUACACCAUGACUGUGUUGUAACCGUGGUGACUUGAUGACAUUUUGCUAAGAACUAGGGGUGAAAACAAGUAUUUUGUAUCAAACAUUUAUUUCAAUGUCUUUUGAGAAGUACAAGGUUUAAUAAACAACUUUUAAGCCAGUGAA